AUGUACGGAGCAGCAAGCGUUGGAAGGAGAGACGGAUUUGACAGCGAAGAUGAAACCGAAAUUGACAGAAGAAGUAUUGUUAUCGGAGAUUUUAUUGAUUUACUGACAGGUAUUGUUGAUAUCAGUAAACAAUGUUCAAUAUUAAGCGGAGGAGUAGAUUUAUCCCUUGGAAGAAUGCCUUUGAAAUACUUUAAUAUGGUUAUUACAAAACAUAUCGAUGUUAUCGAUGAAUUAUACGAAACUAUAAAUACGUUUAAAAAGAAAAAUAAACUUAUUAUUACAGAGUUGAAAGAAGAAGAGAAAGAGAAGAGAGAGAGAAGAGAAUCAGUGAAGCAGAGAAGAAGAAAGAAGAAGAGACAAAACCAGAGAGAAGAAAAACUAGACCUCUCUAGUUUAAUUUAA